UUUUUUUUGGUUGUUGUUGCUUCACUUCGCCCCGGUUUCGUUUUCCAGCGGGCGGCUGCUUCUUCCCCGCGGCGGCUUCCUGCAAGGCGGGGAAGGAAGAGCCUGAUUGCAAGAGAUGGGGGAGGCUGCGUGCACCUUCGGGGCCCUUCGUCAGGAGCUGGUUAACGCCUUGAUCCGGAAUCCGUCCGAACAAAAUGCGGAACUUUUGCAGCGCCUGGUGGAAGCGCCGUCGACUCCGGCCGAGAAAUACCUGCAGAUCAACGUCAAGGGCAUUUUGCGAGCCAACGUCAAGGAACAGUUCCAGGUGUGUCUCCGCUUGAUCUGCACUGCCUUCCAGAUCCUGGAGAAAUAUGGGCGCAACCUUCUGCAUCCUCGCAAACCUUAUUUCUGGCGAAUGGUCAAAUUUAACAAUCCGGUUUUCCGGGACACGGUGGACACGAUCCAGGGCGGACGGGACGUCCUCCGGCUGUACGGCUAUUCGGAACAAAAGCCUGAUGGGCUUUACUUCCCGGAUUCCCAGUCCGAGCCGGACAUCCCUCAAGUGGCAUCCGUCACCGUAGACGUCAUGCUCCUUCGUGCAGAGCUGAACCUUGUCCUCUCGGAAACGCACCCCAAUCCUCAGGUGUUGCAAGAAUUAAUGGGCCAGGGCUUACAGGUCAACAAGACGGCCGAUGCUGGAUCCCUGAAUCCACUUUUAACCAUGAUUCACGCAGGAAACCUGCCUCCAGACACCUGCCUGCUUUGUGGUUUAGAAGCCCCGUCGGAGCACUGUGCGGCUUGCAAUCAGAGUUUGUGCCCUAACUGCGAUUGGCUGUUUCAUAAGCAUCCUUCCCGGACACAUCACCAUCGGGUACCGAUGAAGAACCCCGGCCGGGCCUGGCAGAGUCCCCCACCGCCCCCCAACCCCAGCCUCUCUAGCAUCCCCUCGGAAACGACUUCCUUGCGGGCCCCCAGCCUCCCCGCACUCUCAUCCUCCCACAUCACCCCCAGUCAGCGCCCUCCCUGGCGCUGCGCAGCGUGCCAGAAGAACAACGACGCCUCCUGCAUCCUCUGCAUAAAUUGCGACCGGCCCCGGGGGUGCAAGACCCCCCAGAACCUUGGCCUGGACGACGAGCUAACCAGCCAAGGCCAGCUGGCCAGAGGACGCUGGUCCUGCCAAACCUGCACCUUUGAGAACGAGUCGGCCACCGUCCUGUGCGCCGUGUGCGAGAGGCCGCGCCUGGCUGGGAGACCAGGCACCGGCGACGCCAAACCCCUGAUCGCCUGGGGGGAGGAAACCGGACUUCAGCAGGAAGAUGCCCCCAGCUGGCAGUGUGACCACUGCACUUUCCGCAACAGCGUCGGCCGACGGAUCUGUGAGAUGUGCAACUGCACCAGCCUGCACGGCGAUACCCAGGCCCCCCUCGCCCGGGAAGAGAAGGAAGAGGUGGGCAGGGUGAAGAGAGGGGUGGUGGAAGCCCCCGGGGAGCCCCAGGGCCUCUGGAGAGCCCCGUCCGCCUCGCCCGAGGACGCGGAGCAUCAGAGGCAGGAGAAGCUUCGGGACGACGGGCAGAAGAUGGUGGAUAUGAUCAGGGAGGCGGAAACCGUGGGCGUAGCCCCCGAAAUGGUGGAGGCCGCCUUGUGCUACUCGGGAGCCGAGCUGCCCCUGGCCUGGCUGAAGUCGGAGCUGCCCUGCGUCCUGGAAGGCAUGGCGGAACUGGCUACUCAGCGAGGCGAAAAGGAGCCUGAUGGUGGCCUGGGUGCCAUAACCCUCCAGGAAGUCCAAACCGCCUGGGUGGCCAGCCGGGGCGACGUAGAUGACGCCAUCAGCCGUUGCCUCAGUGCCCGUCGGAGCAAGGUGAGAGAGUUGAAGUCCCUGGGCUUUGAAGAGCGGGGCCCUGCCUUACAGGCCCUGUACGAGAACAACGGCGACUUAUGGCGGGCCCUGGUGCAGCUGCAGCGGGCCCGCCUGGCGCCUUUCCACCAGAGGCUCUGGGAGAGCGAAGACCCUCCGGUGAACUUCCAGAGCGCCGACCGACAGGCGCUGCUGCGUCGUCUCCUGGCCUCGCUGUCUCUGCCCAGCUGGGGCCGGGCCGAGCUGGUGGUCUCAUUGAUGCUGGAGCAGCCGGACGAAGGCUGGGAGCUGUCGGACAUCGUGGAGGCUGUCAAGGCCUCCCCAAACCGCGACUUCAUCAAACGCUUGCUCAGCUGGGAGUGCGCCGUCUGCAGCCUGGCCUUGCCGCGGAACAAGAUGCAGUCACUAACGUCGUGCGAGUGUACAAUUUGUCCGGAGUGUUUUGCUUUGCACUUCACCAUUGCCGUAAAGGAGAAACACAUCACGGAUUUAGUGUGUCCAGCUUGCUCCGAGCCGGAGAUCAGCGAUGAAACUGAACUUCUAAAUUAUUUCUCUACUCUUGAUAUCCAGUUGCGCAGUUGUUUGGAUCAAGAGACUUAUGACCUGUUCCACAAGAAGCUGACCGAACAUGUACUAAUGCAGGACCCCAAAUUUCAGUGGUGCACCCAUUGCUCUUUCGGUUUCAUUUACGAAUCGGAGCAGCUGGAAGCGAAAUGCCCGCAAUGCCGGAAAUGUUUCUGCGUCCAGUGCAAACGCCAGUGGGAGCCCCAGCAUCAGGGUCUGACCUGCGAAGCGUUCCUGGAAUGGAAGCGAACCAACGACCCUGAAUACCAGGCGCAAGGCUUGGCAAUGUAUCUCCAGGAGAACGGCAUCGCUUGUCCCAAAUGCAAGUUCUCGUACGCCUUGGCUCGAGGGGGUUGCAUGCACUUCCAGUGUUCCCAGUGCAGGCACCAUUUCUGCAGCGGAUGCUACGGGACGUUUUAUGCCUCCAACAAAUGCCCGAUACCGCACUGCCCAAUCCGGCGGUCCCUCCACGGACACCACCCACGCGACUGCCUCUUCUACCUGCGGGACUGGGGCGUGCCACGUCUGCAGAAGCUCCUCCAGGAUAACAACGUUGCCUUCAACACAGACCCCCCCGCGGGGACCCGGGCCACACCCGGAGGUGGAUGUCGGGUUAUGGAGCAGAAAGAAACCCUGGACGGCUUGAAGGAUGAACCGUGCGGCAAAGAGACUCCGGCCGGAUAUGCUGGCCUUUGCGAGGCGCACUACAAGGAAUACCUAGUCAGUCUGAUCAACAGUCAUGCUCUGGAUCCCGCCGUCUUCUACACCUUGCAGGAGGUGGAGAUCGUAUGCCGGAGACACCUCACGGCUGCCCAGCUGCUUCCCAGGGGACCGACGGAGGACGAGGAAGCAUAUCGCAGGCGCCUGAUCCAGGUUCUAAGGGACGAAGUUCCUCUUAACUUGGAGAUCUCACGGAGACGGAAAUAAACCGAGAAGGAGAAGCUGUGAGCUUCCAAGCGGAUGGAGAACAGAAGAAGACACGUUGUGUUUGGAGAAUUUCCGACUGAUGGUUCUUGGUGGGGCCUCCUGAGAGGCAGUCUUAAAGCCAUCCCUACUCUCUAACCACUAGGUUGCCUUUAAGGGUUGUGUUGCUCUACGCCUUGUUUCUUUCUUCUGUCUUGUGUGAUGCGCAGCCAGAGGUGUCCUCGUUGUGACCGGUUAGAAUAAAGAUGUCCAACGAUGGCAAUUUUAAGACCCGUGGACUUCAACUCCCAGAAUUCCCCAGCCAGUGAAUUCUGGGGAACUCAAGAAGAGUCUGUCUGGGGAACUCUGGGAAUUGAAGUCCACAAGUCUUAAAAGUUGCCAAGAUUCCUGAAAACAAAAAAAAAAUUUUAGAUUUUGUCCUAACACUGUCAGCAAGUUUUUGAUUUUAAUCUUAAUAGAUUUGUGGGGGCAGGAAAAAUUUACUGGUGAGCCGAAUAGAUGCUUUACUUCAAUUGAAAAUUUCUUGUUCCUUGAACAAAUUCCAUUUGUUCCUGCAGUUUUAAUUCCAUUUCUUCUUUCAGCCUGCAUGUCUCCUGGGAAAUGCAUCGGUCUGAAUAAAAUGUAUUUUGGUAAACGAGA